AUGGGGACAGUGAGUGCGAGCGGCGGCGAGCACGAGUCCUUCGCGGGCCGCGGCGGUCCCCGCACCAAGCCGAGGCCGGGCCGAGGCCCCAGAGCCGGGAGGACGCGGGCGGCUUCCGUCAGACGUGCUCGGGGGAGACCGAGCCCGAGGAACGGUGUCUCAGCCAAGGGCCAGCCAGGGGCAGGGAGCGCGGGGGCAGAAAAGAGAGCUCCGCCUUCCAGGGACACUGCCGUUCUUCACCAGGAGAGGAGCUGCAGGCACCAGGCAGCUGGGGCAGGAGUGGAGCCGCCUACAGCCAUGGCUCAGGGCUUAGUGACCUUUGGGGACGUGGCUGUGAACUUUUCCCAGGAGGAGUGGGAAUGGCUGAACCUCACUCAAAGGAGCCUGUACCGGAACGUGAUGUUGGAGAACUACAGGAGCCUAGUCUCCCUGGGAUGUAUUGUUUCGAAACCAGAUUUGGUCUCCUUACUGGAGCAGAGGACAGAGCCCUGGGUGGUAAAGAGAGAGUUGACAAGAGACCUGUUCUCAGAAGACAGAGUUUGUGAUCUUGAUUUGGUUAAGAAGGGGUUCCCAAAAAACUCAGUGGUGGUAAAACACACAGGAAUCUAUGCAGGAAAAAAACUCUUCAAUUGUAACGAAUGCAAGAAAACUUUUACUCAGAGCUCAUCACUUACAGUUCAUCAGAGAAUUCAUACUGGAGAGAAGCCCUAUAAAUGUAAUGAGUGUGGAAAAGCCUUCAGUGAUGGCUCGUCCUUUGCACGACAUCAGAGGUGUCACACCGGCAACAAGCCCUAUGAAUGCAUUGAAUGUGGGAAAGCCUUCAUACAGAACACAUCCCUUAUCCGCCACUGGAGGAUUCAUACUGGAGAAAAACCAUAUGAGUGUGACGUUUGUAGAAAAGCCUUCAGCCAUCAUGCGUCACUUACUCAACAUCAGAGAGUGCACUCUGGAGAAAAGCCUUUUAAGUGUCAAGAGUGUGGGAAAGCUUUUCGGCAGAAUAUACACCUGGCUAGCCACUUGAGGAUUCACACUGGAGAGAAACCCUUUGAAUGUGGAGAAUGUGGAAAAUCCUUCAGCAUCAGCUCGCAGCUUGCCACCCACCAGAGAAUUCAUACUGGGGAGAAGCCCUAUGAAUGUAAGGUGUGUAGUAAAGCAUUCACCCAGAAGGCUCACCUUGCCCAGCAUCAGAAAACCCAUACAGGAGAGAAGCCCUAUGAAUGUAAGGAAUGUGGCAAAGCCUUCAGCCAGACCACACACCUUAUUCAGCAUCAGAGGGUUCAUACUGGAGAGAAGCCCUAUAAGUGUGUCGAAUGUGGGAAGGCCUUUGGUGACAACUCCUCCUGUACUCAGCACCAGAGACUUCACACCGGCCAGAGACCUUAUGAAUGUAUUGAGUGUGGGAAGGCAUUCAAGACAAAGUCAUCACUGAUUUGUCAUCGCAGAAGUCACACUGGAGAAAAACCUUAUGAAUGCAGUGCAUGUGGCAAAGCCUUUAGUCAUCGUCAAUCCCUUAGUGUACACCAGAGAAUUCAUUCUGGAAAGAAACCCUAUGAGUGUAAGGAAUGCAGAAAAACCUUCAUCCAAAUUGGACACUUGAAUCAGCACAAAAGAGUUCAUACUGGAGAGAGACCCUAUAACUAUAAGAGGAGACUACGUUUCCCAGGGGUCAUUGCGGAAAGAGGACACACCCAUUUCCGGCAGGGGCUGAAGUCGGGGCUUGUGCGCUUCCGGCGGAGUUCUGAAGAGAAAGCCCGGGCGGGGCGGGCGGCUGUGACUGAACCCGGACCUGGGGGAGACGCGGGGGAGUUGGCGUGA